UCCUGCGACCUUCGUUCUCGACUACACUGUGCACGCAAAUGAAGCUCUCAGCCCCUUCUUGGCCUGUCGGCAUCUCCCCGACCUCCGCUCAGCCCCCAAAGCCCACCGCUAGGGUUUCUCUCAGAACUCUCCUCUCCCCCAGAUGCUCCAUUUACCGCUUCUCCUCUCAUAAGAUGGGUUCCCACCAUCUGAAGCCGAUCUCGUGCUCCUCCUCCGUUCAGAACAACGGGCCCCCGGCGACAGCGUCCCCUUCACCGGUCAGCUCCGUGGGCAGAGUCGGAGAGGUGAAGAGGGUCACUAAGGAGACGGACGUGGCGGUGAGGAUCCAUCUCGACGGCACCGGUGUUGCCGAUAGCAGCACUGGAAUCCCUUUUCUAGAUCACAUGUUGGAUCAACUUGCUUCGCACGGGUUGUUUGAUGUGCACUUAAGGGCCACUGGUGACAUUCACAUCGAUGAUCAUCAUACGAAUGAGGAUGUCGCUCUUGCCAUUGGAACAGCUAUAUUGCAAGCACUUGGAGACAGGAAAGGAAUUAACCGCUUCGGUGAUUUCUCGGCUCCACUUGAUGAAGCCCUCGUACAUGUUGCACUGGAUUUAUCAGGGCGGCCACAUUUAAGUUUUGAUUUACAGAUACCCACUCAGAGGGUUGGAACAUACGAUACUCAGUUGGUAGAGCACUUCUUUCAGUCUCUGGUAAAUACCUCGGGUAUGACCCUUCAUAUAAGACAGCUAGCUGGAAAAAAUUCGCAUCACAUUAUUGAAGCAACAUUUAAAGCUUUUGCGAGGGCUCUUCGACAAGCUACUGAGUAUGAUCCAAGGCGCCUUGGGACAAUUCCCAGCUCAAAAGGGGUUUUAUCACGAUCUUGAUGGGUAACUCGUAUUCAAACCAAAAUUAUGCCAUGUUAUUCCCAACAAGCUUCAUGACUUCGUUACAUGGUAUGUUGUCUCGCCAUUUACCUAGAGAUACAUUUCGAAUCCCCAGAAAGGGGAAGCAAGCAGAGGGAGAUGGCAACUCUUUUUCGAUAUACAUCACUGAACGAGACUGGUUUCUAUUUCUUAUGAUCAUUUGCUGCAUGCCUGCUCAUGUUGCUAUCAACAUUAGAUAAAUCAACAAGAUCUUCACUUAGCCAAGAGUUUUUAUGGUUUAGGCCUGUAUUAGAGAUUCUCCAGGAAGACAUUUCUGUAAUUUGAGUAUUAACAUGUGUACUGUACUUUGGGAUCUCAUGUUGUGCUGGAAAUGUUUUGACAAUGAGUAUUUCAUGCUCUGAAGUUGUUGGCUCGUCUUUAUAUUUGCUCCA